AUGUCUUCGAACGACAUUCGACUUGGUGUAUACAGCCCCACCGUUGUUCCACAUUUCGCCACUUUGUCAAGAAGUGCAACUACGAGCCGAGUUGUUCAGUCACCAAAAGCUUUCGGAGAGAGGACUACAAUGAGUAAAGAGGAUCACGACAGGGAGCGAAUGCGAUGGUUGCUAAGGCUGGAGGAGAUCGAAACAAGACUUGCCGACUCGGAAACUCUUAACUCGGAUAUGCAUCAGAUUAGAGCUGAACUUAACAAGAAAAUUGUCGAGUUGGAAAAAACGCAACGGCCACUUAUCGAGCAGAAUCGCAAAAUUAAUGAUCGAAAUAAAGUUUUACAACAGGAAGUGAAAAAAUUAGAACAAAAAUUGUGCCAUAGCCAGGAUGAUUUCCUCACUUUGAAAGAUGCACAUGAGCGUUUAGUAAAGGAACAUACUCAACUGAAAGAAAAAAGGGCGUAUCCAGAAAAACUUGAAGAACUUGAACGAUAUCGUGCACAAGUUCUUGAAUACUCAAAAUGUAUAACGGCAUUGAGAAGUUCAGGACUGGAGAAGGAUCGUCGUUAUGAAUUGCUCGUGCAAAAAUUUAAACGACUUCGUAGAUGUAUAAAAAAAGGAGACACUGAGGAUGAUCGUCAGAGCACUGUCGGCAGCGAUUGUUCCGCAGAGAGCUCCAUAAGUCUCGACACAAUUGCUGAGGAUUUUGAGACAUUUAACACGGACAUCGAAAUUAACUAUCAAGCACUUUAUCGUGAAAACGCGGAACUUCAAAAAGCACUUCAGGCCCUCAAACUCAAUCCAGGCGGUUUGGAGGAGAGUCUACUACGGGAUCAGCUCACUUGUGCACACACCACAAUUGCUCAACAACAAAUUUUAAUUAAUAACAACGAAGAAAUGAUUUCACAAAUGGGACAGCUGAAAAAUGUCGUAUCAUCACAGGCUGAGCGUAUACGUCAACUGGAACAGCAAAUCGAAGAGAUGGAUAGAGAGCUUUGCGCCUCUCGCGAAGCUCAUGAUUUACUCGAAUUCCAGGUUCUUGAGAACGAGGAAAACAGCAAAUGUCUUCCGACGCCACCUGAACGACUCGAUAAAUGUUCCGGAACUGAAGAGUCGGCCCCGGAACGAUUUGAUAAAUGCCUUGAAACGGAUCAUUUCGGAGAAAGCAGCUCUUUGUAUAUGCAUGAUAAAAGAGCGUUGUCACCGACAGAAGUAAUGAGCCUCAAGAAAAGCAUGGGUGAUCUACGUGAUGCACUCAAUUUAAAAUUGGCACAAUGUGAAGUUGUUGGCCGUGCAGAGGAUUAUAUUGAGAAUUUGGAAGAUCAACUUGCAUCAAGCAAUCUUGCACACAAAGAGAAAACCGAACAGUUUGAGGCGAGAUUGAAAGAACUUCAGACUCAAAUUGAAGUAUCCUACUCAAAACAGAAGCGUAAGAAAGAGCUACAAAUAGAGGUUGAGGAAUUAAGGAAGAAACUCACCGAAAUAGAUGCAAUUAAAGAAGAUCUCACAGAAGAAAUGCGAACGACCUCAAAAGAACUCACGAAGGUGAAGUGUCAACUUCAAACAAAAGAAGGUGAACUCGAACGAGAAAGGAAACUUGCGGAAGGGUUGAACGAACAUCUACAACGUUUGAUGGAAACCCAUCAUGCAGAAAAGGACUUAUCAAGACAUACUGAAGAGGAGCUGAAGAAAACCAAAGAAUUAUACGAAACCAGUCAAACUGCUUUGCAACAGUUGAAAUUGGAAAAGGAUGAGCUUAACGAGAAGUACACGCAAUUAUCUUCAGAAUACGAGAAAUUCAAAGAGGAACAAAGACCAUCCAUAAGAACGGAGUUAGAGCGCAGGUAUGAAGAUAUUCGAUACAGGCUCAAUAUUGCCCUGGAGAAGAUCCAUGAAUACGAGCUUGUGCUGGAAUCAGCAAAGAAAGGAGAAGACACAACAUUCACGGAGAGCCUUCAACAUGACUUAAUUCAGCUAAAAGAAUAUAAUGCUCAUCUUGAACGUCAAUUCCAAACACAAACUGAAAUUAUUGAAGCAUUAAAGCGUAAACUCAUUGAGCAAAAAUCAUUCGCCGAUCUUGUCCAUAAACUUUCCGAACAGGAUGAUAUGGAAUUGAUUGAAGAUGGUUUGAUCAAUUAUAUCAAAUCGGUUGAUCGUGAAACUGGAAGAUUAGCAGAAAGUAUUGCUUACAUAAUUAAGUGCGCUUCAAAAAUCAGGAUGGUUUCACCGAUUGCUCCUCUGGAGAUUAGCACGGCACAUCAUAAGAUCUGCCCCUACAACUCCGUUGAUUCAUCAGGAAAAUGGCUUUCGAAUAGCAGUGAGGAUAUUUCACCCGAUAGUGAGGGAGCUGAGUGGAAUAUGAAGAGAAAAUCAUUGAAAGAAGUGCAAUGCGGUGACUACUCAGAACAACGAAAUGCUUCGACAAAGAGUGCUUAA